CCAAAAUCCUCCGCGCGGUGACGAGGCGACGGCGCCGCUCACGUCUGGCGCAAAGGUCUGUUUUGGAGAAGAACGGAAGAUGGCGACCUCAAACAAUCCGCGAAAAUUCAGCGAGAAGAUUGCGCUGCACAACCAGAAGCAGGCGGAGGAGACGGCGGCGUUUGAAGAAGUCAUGAAAGACCUGAGCAUUACUCGAGCCGCACGGCUGCAGUUACAGAAGACCCAGUAUUUGCAACUGGGCCAGAAUCGUGCUCAGUGCUAUGGAGGUUCACUGCCCAAUGUCAAUCAGAUUGGAAAUAGCAACACUGACCUGCCUUUUCAGACUACAGUUUUGGAUACUAGUCGAACGACUCGGCACCACGGCUUGGUGGACCGCGUGUAUCGGGACAGAAAUCGGAUCACGUCCCCUCAUCGCAGGCCUCUCUCAGUGGAUAAACAUGGGCGUCAGAUCGACAGCUGUCCUUAUGGCUCAGUGUAUCUGUCACCUCCCCCGGACACCAGCUGGAGGAGGACCAAUUCUGACUCUGCGCUACAUCAGAGUGCCAUGAAUCCUGCACAGCAAGAUACUUUUGUUGGAGGAUCCCAAGAACUGCAGCCAAAACGAGUCGUCUUGCUCACCCCCCCAGAUACAGAGGAGCCUGAAACAGAAAUGGAAAAUGACGAUCAGAAGGCAUCACUACAUCCCAAAUCCCAUGAUGUUCCAGGGAUUAACAUCUUCCCAUCCCCUGAUCAAGAAGUGAACGCCACACUGAUGCCAGCCGCACACAGCACAGGUGGCUCCUUGCCCGACCUGACCAACAUCCAGUUCCCCCCUCCCCUGCCCACUCCUCUGGACCCGGAUGACCCCGUGACCUUCCCGGCCCCCAGCACUUCCAGCAGCACAGGCAAUCUGAGCACCAACCUCACCCACCUGGGCAUCAGCGCUGCCAGCCAUGUGGCUGCCUCCACCCCCGCACCCGCUGGCGCUGCCCUCACGCUCAACAUCGAUGCCCAGCAGCAGCAGCCAUGCCCCCAGCAGCUCUCACCUACUCUUUCUCCCACUCUCUCACCUCAGAUGCCCAUUUCUCAGCCAAUUGUGAUGGACAGCAUGUCUCUGGAGCAGCAGCUGUCACAGUACUCGCUGCUCAGCCUGCUGAGCGAUCUGCAGAAGCAGCAGCAGACGCUGCCACAGAACAUCCGCCUUAUCCAGCUGCCACCAAUCACCGUCAGCUCCGCCUCCAGCCCACCCCAGACCUCCUUGUCCAGCCAAUCGCCAACAGCCACAAGCGCACCAGUCAGCUCGUAUCGCAAUCAGACUGGCUCUCCGGCUAACCAGUCUCCAACCUCGCCAGUCUCCAACCAGGGCUUCUCGCCUGGAGGCUCGCCUCAACACAUUCCAGUGGUGGGGAGUAUUUUUGGAGAUUCAUUCUACGAGCACCAGAUGGCGUCCAGACAGACCAACGCUCUUUCCCACCAGCUCGAGCAGUUCAACAUGAACAUGAUUGAGAACCCAAGCAGUUCAAACAGCUUGUACAAUCCAUGCUCCACGCUCAACUAUACACAGGCGGCCAUGAUGGGUUUAACCGGGAGCCACGGCAGCUUGCAGGACACGCAGCAACUAGGCUACAGUAACCAUGGCAACAUUCCCAACAUUAUCCUAACAGUCACAGGCGAGUCGCCACCAAGUCUCUCCAAGGAGCUGAGCAGCUCGCUGGCCGGCGUGGGUGAUGUCAGCUUCGACGCGGACUCUCAGUUCCCGCUGGACGAGCUAAAGAUCGAUCCACUGACCCUGGAUGGGCUACACAUGCUUAACGACCCAGACAUAGUGCUGGCCGACCCAGCCACAGAGGAUACGUUCCGCAUGGACCGCCUGUAAAGCAAGCGAACUGAAAAAAAAAGAAAAGAAGCUCUUUGAACAGGAGGAGGCUGGAGACUUACUAAUUGUGCAGCUGCAUGGCCACCCGGUUUUAUCAUUGCGCCCGCGGCCCUCGCUGCUCUCCCCCUCAUGGCAUCUACAAUAGCAUGCUGCCAACAUCAAUGCCAACGUCUGGGGAAAGGAGGCACUCAAGCACAUAGGUGGACGUGGCAUUGCUAUAUCCACGCUGGCUAGUUUCGUGAGGAGGCUAGUUCUGAACCACGUCCAUUGUGCAAGUGUCUCUAUACCCCUCCUUAGGCCUACAUGUUGAGUUGCUUUUUAUUUUGUUCUUUUUUCUUGUUGUUUUGUUUGUUUGUUUGUUCUCAUGUUUCUUUCAUGUGGGCUGAUAGUUGCCUUUCUCAUGUCAUUUUGUGUUUAAGUAUUUAUUGUUUUCCAAGAAAAGCAUCUUUUGUGCUGUGUGUGUGUGUGCGUGUGUGUGUGUGUGUUGAACCUUAAUAUUGAACCUCCUGACCAAGAUAGCUUUUCCCCCCAUAAAUCUUUAUUUUUACAUACCUUACAAGUUUCCUUUAGUACUUUGUGUUGGUUUGUUUAUUUAUGUAUGUGUUUGUGUUCCUGUUCGUAUAUUUUGCAGAUGAAUUGUUUACGUAAAGAUACCAUGUGUCUUUUUAGACUGUAUGUUUUGUGCGUUUGUGUUAAUUCUAUAUAUUUAAAGUUUAAAAUUAUUUAUUGAACCCUUUUAUUUAAUACUAAGGAGUACUACUCCCCCCCAUUCUACUUUAUAUGGGUUUGGAAGAGCAGCGCCCUUGUGCUACUGUACGUACUUUAUUAUCGUUAAAACACUAAAAACCAACUUCCUCUGCAAAAGUUUUUCUGCUCUGCUUUUUCUCUAUAAACAUUAAGGUGCCCAUCUACGUGCUGGCAUUGUUAUUUUUUUACAUGUUUGCCGAUAUUUUUGCAGGUUUAAUUGCGAGUGUCAAAACGGCAGCCUUGCCUCUAUUUUUCAUAUCAGUAUUGUGUUUUAAAAGCUACACACGUUUUCCUCGUUGCUUAUUCAGCUGCAAAUUGUAAUCGCGAGUGUCAAUGGCGUCUUUGACUUGUGUUCUGCAUUAAAAGGCCGUCGUCACGCAGGGCCCGAAUGGUUAAAAAAAAAAAAUAAAAUAAAAAAAUAAAAAAAUAAAUGAAAGCUUCAGAAAGCUACUGAACUCAUCACUGUGACCCGACCUGAUUUUGCCUUAUGAACAAAAAAAAAAAUGCUGUUUUUAAGCUGUCACUGCAACGACAAGUUUUUUAAUCGUCCCGUCAAUGUUUUAUUCUCGUAUCCUAAAUGAGAUCUGAUCAUGCACAAUCAGUGGCAGUAUUGUGUUUUUAUAAAUGCAGUUUUUCACUUAAGUACUGUAUGGCAUGUAGGUUACGUGUCGAGCUUAAAUGGAUGGUGUGUUUGGUCCGAGCUGCUGGUUGAAAGUAAGGGGAGGGUACUGCUCCUUAUUCAUUGUGGUGUUUACAGCAAUGUUCUUGUUUGUUUGUUUGUUUGUGUGUGUGUGCUAUAUAUAUAUAUAUAUAUAUAU